AUGGCGAAAAUUUACAAAGACUCAAGGGUCGACCUGCGGCCUUACUCGCCGACCACGGUCGCCAAUAUUCAGAUCCCGACCCUAGAGCCCGUUGCCCGUCGUCCACGCUUCUCGAUCUCAUCCACCUCAGAUGACGUCCCCAUCGCCAAAGAUGAAGAUGAAUUCUCCCGACGUUACCUCGCGACUCAAGGCGAUAUCUACUUCCGGAAGCGCAAGGUCUAUCCCAGGACGUUCUUAUGGCGCGUGAUCAACGACAAUAAAGUGCUGGAGAUCCAGUGCGCGGACCUGACGAAGGGCGGGACAGAAGUCUACGAGUACAAUGUGACCCUGCGAUUGGGAUUCCAGGAACAGAUUCUUCCAUUUGGAGUCGAAUUGUCCGACUCGGAGGAUCAUGAACUCAUCAGUGUCUUUGUGAUUACCGCCUCGAAGCACCUUCACACCUUGUCUCUACGCCCCGAGUUCUUCCGCCGAACCUCCUCGAUCGAUGAAAAUGUGAGUGACUGGUGCAAGACAACUCUGCCGGCUCCCUUGGCCUUUUCGAAUCCCCACCGACUCCACGCGAGCAGCCCCCUGGAGUUGUUUAUAUCCCUCGACAAUGGCGCGCUUCUACGGCUGACCCGGAGAGCCGGUGACGAUGGUUCCCAUUGGUCUCCUCUCACCUUGGACGAACGCACAUGGGGUUCUUCGAUUCGAGGCCUUGUCAAAUGGAACGCGCCAUCUUCGAUUCGACAUGACGGGCGCAACCUCGAUUUAAACGUUGCAAAUGCGAUUGCCACUACCUCCGACGAGACCUACGUUUUCGCUAUCUGUUUAAACCAUACCCUCAAGAUUUGGAACCUUGCUACGAAUAAGCUAGCGGCCACAAAGGAUCUCCUGGGACGCUCACUUCAAGAUCCGGAUCUUGUCGCAUACACAUUGAACCCCGCCGAGGCAUCGUUCAUGCGUGUCUUCAAUGCCGAGAGAGCGAUGGACGGCGGCCAUCGUUUCUAUGUCGUCACAUAUUCGCCAUUUGAGGAUGGCAGGUUCAAGUUCUGGGCUGUCAAAGGUGGCUUGACAUCUGAACUGGUUAUCGAGGAACUCUUUGCGGAGAACGUUUUCCGACCUGUGGACCCCGACGCCACGGGCAACAUGUUCUGGAGCAUCGCUGAUUUCCAGGUGAAGACCCGGGAAGAGGGCAAGGGAAUGGAACUGUGGGUGCUCUGGAGAAACCACGGCCUUUACCAACUUUACACCCUGCACUUUGACCUUCAAACUCUGGUCACAGAUUGGUCUACCAAGUGGGUUUCAACAACAUUCGAAAGCCAUAGGCAAGAAUCGCCGCCUUCAUUGGUCAUGGAUGAUGUCGUAGACCCCACUGAAAAAUGGCUACAAGGCCGUGAAGCCUCUCUCGUCGGUCUCGUCUGGAGGACUGAAAAAGAGCUUGCCCUUGGCGGAACGACUUUGCUCCACAAUCGCAUCGGCAGUGUCUCUUCGGAAAUUCGCCGACGAGGAGAUGGACUACUCCCCGUUGCGGAAGAUCUCAACAAGCGCCGGUUCGAACCGAUUUCUCUCGCCUACGACUCGUACACUGAUAUGCCGUGGCUACUUCUGUCGGACUCCUGCGCCGUGUGGAGUGCCAAAGAUGAUGGACCGCUGGAGACAUCGCAACAUUCCAAGGGAGCUGGGUCCGCACUACGAAACGGCCUCUGGACUGUUGAAAGUGGCGACAGAUUUCGGAAGAGCUUCUCCGCCGAGCUCGACGGGGCAUGCCGGGCCGCUCUCCAGGCCGAAAUAUUCUCCGAACCAUCUUCGUCGAUCCUGGACCGCAUGGAGAGCUUCCGAGAGCGCUGUGAUUUCACCAAUCAAAUUUCCAACAAGGCCUUUGAUAAUCUAGAUGCCGCCUUGAGUGAAUACAUGCGAACCGACUUCACGUUCGUGGAUGGCGAAUGGGAACCAACAAGCACGUCCGACUUCGACGCGUCCAAGCUUUUCUCAACCCUUGUCGAUCUCCUGCGUGAAUAUGAGAUGAUGAACUGGCUCAGCUCGAACGUCCGCAAAUGCCCCGACAGCGCACUCAAAUUCGGUGCUGAUUCGUCGAUGCAGAGAUUUUCAACGAAAGAAAGCAAUUCAAAGACCAAGAGUCAACGAACCGCAAGCAUCCUCGAGGAUCUGUUUGUAACCGAUAUCAAGCCCCAACAAGCGAUUGACUCCCCGCAAAGCUACACCUUGACGUUGGGCAUCAGAGAUGUCGUGGCCUGGAUCACUCGCGAAGGUGAGGUGAACUAUCAGCAUGCAGUGGCUCAUAUCCAGUGUGACUUGAUCGCCAAAAACAACAUCGACCUGGCGUGGGACUUCCUUCGCUUCCAAGCAAGUACGUCUUGGUCCACCUAUAUAAAGGGUCGCUUGCAUGUGGCUAUGUCGGAAUUCGAUGCCGCGGCAAUCUACUUCCGGAAGGCAGCCUAUCUGCUCUCUAGCGGAAAGCCAAUGGGCAACCUCUCCGAUAUGUCAGCAGAGCUUCUAGACAUCCUCGAUGUUGAUUGCUUCCACAACGGCCUUGCAAAAUACUACCAGCACGUGCUUUCCAUCUUUGAAAAAGUGCGGCCCUUGACUCCGAAGUCUGGGCCGAGAAAAGACGCCGAAUACCCGACCGUACGCGACGAUCUUCUGUCUCGUUUGUUCACUGGAGCCCUUAAGACUUGCCAAUUUGACCAGGCAUACUCAGCUCUGGCUAGACUGCAAGAUCUCAAAUUACAAAAGUCCCAGCUUACCGAGCUCAUCUCCACUAUUUUGGCAGUCUCUGGGCCUGGAACGGCUGGACUCAAGCAGAUCCUUCGAUUCCCUACCACCCUCGUCCCCAGCAUUGCCUCCUUCAUUGACGAGAUUCUCGUUCAUCUGACCCGCAAACAGACCAACAACGUAUCGUGGUUGGAUGCGGAGAACAAGCAUUUCCCAGCCUCCCCUGAUUACACCCGCAUUCUGCAGGCUUAUCGCAUCGCCCGCUGCGACUACCGCGGCGCUGCGGAGAUUGCCUAUCGCAACGUCCAGCGCCUGCGCAAAGCACGGGAUGCGCCGUCCUCAGCCCUCAUCCGCAAAGGCCGGGAAGCCGCCGAUGCAGCCCGGUCGCCAGUCGAGGAAGACGAUGCCGAAAGCAAGGAAAUCCGCCAUGAACUCCUGUCACUAAUCAACCUCCUCGCCUGCGUCGACAAGAGCGAAGCCUACAUUCUCGUCGAGAACGGCCCUCCAACAAACGCCGCCCUGAUCCCCUCCCUUGGAAGACGCGCAAGCGCACAAGCCGACGAAGACGGAAACAUCUCCAUGGGUGAUGCCGACGCUGCCUCUCCCACGCCAGUUGGAGGCAAGCGUCGAUCCUCUAAUGCCGUGGCUUUCGCACCCGACCACCGCACAGGUGGCAGCAAGUCAUCCGCCCCGGCCCGGCGCGACAGUACCGUGUCCUUCGAAGUCCCUGCGACGAAUCCAUUGCUUAAGCGUCGCAUCAUUGUCACACUCGAGCACCUGCGUCGUGAGUUCCAGUCCGAGCUUGACCGCGUCAGCCGUAUUGAGCGUGGCGACUGGGAAUUUGGUCUUUCGGAUGAAGAGAAGGAGGAUGUGGAUAAUGAUGACACGAUGGUUUUCUAG